UCCGGCUGGGGAGGCGUGCGUAACGUUAACACAACGAUUUUUGGAUCUAAUAACAGACAACAUCGACGCCUGAGAGCCGCAACGCUGGGCAGAGACACCGCACCUGGUCCCGUAGCGUACACGCACCGCGAAUUCACAAUGCUCCGAGAGGAAACCGAACCCGCCUGUCAGCCUGAAUGCUGCGAGCCGAGUCCCGGACUGGGCUUCCGCCUUGAGGCUCACCGCAUUGUCAGUAUCUCGCUGGGUAAGAUUUACCAUUCGCGGGUGCAGCGUGGAGGAAUCAAGCUGCACAAGAACCUCAUGGUGUCCCUGGUGCUGCGGAGCGCCCAGCAGGUCUACCUGAGCCAGAGUUCAGAGGAGUUGCAGCAGGAUUACGCCGUGUACCAGAGCCCGCCGACACCGCAGCCCUGCAGGGGUGGUGAUGAAUGCUCCUGCCCCGGGCUGGCGGCUCAGGAAGAGGAGUCCAGCACGGUUAGGGAGGCACGGACAUGCUCACCCGCCCCCUGCUCCUGCCCGCCAGAGGAGCCUGCUCACUCCCGGGGACCCCCGUGUUGCUCCUGCCAGAGCCACGCUGGCUGCUGCACGCUUCCUGAACCGUGUCGCGUUUGCCCGGAAUCCCACUCCAGCAACGACUACUGCCAAAGCCGGGAAUCCGAUUCCAGCCACCAAGAUCCCCCCAAUUCCUGCUGUAGGAAGCGGAGCGGAGACAGCACAGCAGACGGUCCCGCCAUGAAGCGAGCACGACGGGAACAGAGAGAGCAAGAGGUGCCGGAACCCGGAGAGGAGGCUGAGGAGGAGAUGGAGACCGAGAAUGUGGCAAAUCUCAUCAGUAUCUUCGGCACCAGUUUUUCGGGACUUCUCACUAAGGAAGCCGGUUCAGAGGAGAACGAGGCGCCCGGACAGGAGGUACAAGAGCGGGACUCCGCUGCCCCCUCUGGACAGGGCUGCAGCGAGAGGGCGAUCAGCCCCAGCAUCACCCCCUGGAGCACGGCCAUUGAGGCUUUCUGAACAGACUGAACUAAAGCCCCAGAGACUCGGGGCCACAGAGCAAUGCUUCUGGAUAAUGUUCUAUAGUUAAUGGAUCGUGAUGCAGGGUUGAGCUGACCUGGAGCCAGACUCUUGUGUUGUGUUUUAUUUUUUCUGUGUCCUGUUGUGCGUGGAAAAGAAAUGUUUUAUUCCCAA